AUGUUGAAUGUCAAGUGCCAGAGAAAAGCAGAGAACUCGGCUCUGCGAUUCCCCUUCACUCUGUCACUAGACAGGCCAAUGGCUGCGGUCGAACCAAUACCCACCGCGGUCAGCAGCCUCCUGGGUGUCCCAGGGCUUAUCACCUGGGAUGGGGAUGAGGCGAACGACGCGGAGGUGAUCGGUGGCAUCAGGCCCAAGUCCUCUCCUCUCCCACGGAGAAGGAGCGCCGAUGACUUAAAGGACUGUGAGCUCGAGCUCACCCCAUCCAGCUCUCGGAGAGUGUCCUUUGCGGACGCCCUCGGCCUAAACCUGGUAAAAGUGAAAGAGUUUGACUCGUGGGACAUAACAAUCCCGCUGAACUUCAAUGCCAUGGAGGGAGAGAAAGAGGUAGAGGAAUACUACUUGUCCUCAUUAUACACUCCUUCACCAUCCCAAGAAGCCAUGGUCCUGAGAGUUCAGGAGCAGAAGCUAGAGCUGGAGAGUAUUGAGUUACUCCACCAGACUACAAUACUAAGGGGGGUGGUCCGCGUUCUCAAUGUCUCCUUUGAUAAGAUGGUGUACAUCCGCACCUCUCUGGAUGCCUGGGCCACGCACUUUGACCUGCUGGCAGAGUACAUACCAGGGUCCAGCGAUGGAGACACUGACUGCUUCUCAUUCAAGCUCACCCUGGUGCCCCCCUUUGGGGAAAAGGGGGCCAGAGUGGACUUCUGUCUCCGGUACGAGACCCCUGUUGGGACUUUCUGGGCCAACAAUAGUGACCAGAACUAUGUGAUGUUUUGUCACCAGAAAAUCAAGGAGUCGAAAGAGAAACCACAAAAAGACAAAAGCGGGCGCAGGAAAAGCAUCCUGAAAGCCAUCAGUUAUGAGUUUCCCUGUGAUGAAAACUGGUCGUCAACCAAUGCUGAAUCUUCAGACCUACACAACCGUGGAGGAAAGAUGGCUAGUGUGAACACUUCUGAGUCUCAGUCAGGAGCACUCCAAGAUGAUCGUCAGAAAUUAAUGGUUGAGAGCAGCCGGAACUCCAGCAGAAGAAACCGACGAAAGGCAGCACGAUUGGCGAAGGUGCGGGACUACCUCACCCAGAGAGAGGAUGAGACCCAAGAGAAAGAGAAGGGAGCAGUGGAAUCAUCACAUAUCCCACAGGAAAGCACAUUCCCACAGGAAAAGCUUUCAAAUAGGCCUGAGGUACAACCACUGCCACCACAGGGCAGGAAAGAGUUUGGGCUGCAGGCAACAGAUUCUCUGUCUACGUGCAAACUGUCUCCUGGUAUCCCAGACAGCACGUCUUGGCAGGAGUCAGUGAAAUCUGAGAAAAUAGACCCAACGUUCCGAUCAGCCCCAUCAGAGCUGAGAGGGAAACAGGCCUCACUGAUCCCCAGCAGCAAGUCAGAUUCAACUGAUCAACCUGCUGCUGUGAGCCAAAAUGGUGAUACGUCUGUUUCCAGUGUGGAGGGAAGUACUCUGAUGCAGAUGGAAACGGAGAAGGGAGGAUCUGCAAUCAGCACAGACAUAAUACAUUCAGAUGACAUUGUCAGGUUGGAGAACAGCACAGCAGGCUCAGUCCCAGGCAGCCAGUACAAUAGCUUUAUGUUUGGUAAUGUUGUGGCCCCACCAUACUGUCAGGGGUUUUGUAGAGUGGAGAGUGGGAGUCCGAGCUUCACCCAUAGAGGGAAUCGAACAAGUGGUCAAUUGCAUGAAUGGGAUUCAACAGCCUGCACAGCCCAGAGUUACCCAUCCACAGAGGAAGUAGAAACUCACUCCUGUGUUUCAGCUGAUACUCGUGGAACACCUGAAGAGAAGCCUGUAUAUCAACACGGGUCACUUAAAUCAAACCCAGAACACUUCAGCUCUGGAUUAAGUACAGAAAGAGAGUCUAAACCUAAACUUCUGUCAGAAGAGGCAGGAGGUCUUCUCAGGACUCACACUGCCCUGAACACUGCUGCUGCUCUCAGGGCACAAAUCCUCAAUGUGAGCUCAGGCCUCCAGGGGUCUGAGGAGAACAUUCUGCCUCCUCAGACCCAGAUGCACCAGGACAGUAAGCUUUCACAAACACAAACCCCAUUACCAAACACAACACCUUCACAAACUCCAGUAGACACAGCACUUUCACAAACACAAACUCUGAUAGACGCAACACAAGGCAGUUUCCUACAGUCACAAACUGAAAUGGGGUCAAAGCAUGUCUCUGCCGAGAUGACUCUGCAGGGGGCCAGUUGUGGAUAUGAGAGACCUGAUGAGUCAGAUGAAAUGGAGAACCCUCUCUCAGCCAACACAGAUGAAUGGUCAACAAGCCCAUUCACAGAAAUAGUAGACACACCUAUAGCCAUGCUAGAGCCUGUGGAUGCUGACCUAAAAGUUUUCACUUCAACGACAGAGACAGAGGAAAAGAUCACCACUGAGCACCAAAACUUUGCUGUGCCCUGUACGGACACACUGGAGGAAGAAACCAGUGGGACAGCAUUGAAAGAUGAUUCCAUUGUCAUUAAGGAAUGGACAUCAUUGGAGAAAUUAAUGAUGAGAAAACAAACAGAUCAAGUGAAGGAUGAACUAUCAUUUGAAGUGUCAAACACUUUAUGCAAUGAAGACAACCGGCAUUCUAUUGACAACGAGGAUUAUUUUGAUAUAGAUGGAGAGAUGUCAAACUAUGUGAUGUAUGAUUAUGAUAAAGACACUGACAAGGGCUCAAAGUUUAAAGAAGAAGAUAUUCAUAAGGAAGUUGAACUGGUAAUGAUGAACAAUAAGAAGUAUUUAGCUCCUACAAAGAAGGAGAUAGACGCAAGUAAUGGACAACCAUUUCUAAAGGAAAAUCGAAUAGUAAAAGACUGGGAGGGGACUGUGGAAGAGGAAGAGGAGGACAUGAUGGGGGAAUAUGUGGAGGAGGACGAAUGGGAAAUAGAAGAAGAGGAGAUAGUUGUGGAAGAGAAGAUGGUGGUUGGGACAAAGGAAUUGGAGGAGACAGGGGAGGUGGAGGAAACAGAGGAGGAAGUGGAGAAGGAGAAAGAAGAAAUUAUGAAACGGGAAAAGAUAGAAGGAAUGGUGAAGGAAGGAGAGGUGGUGGUGAAGGGAGAGGGGGAAAUGGAGGAUUUAAAGGAGGAGGAUGUUAAGUGGAUAGAGUGGAAGGAGGAGGAGAUUCAUCCUGGAGGUGAAGAAAUGGAAUCAAUCAAUGGAGAAGAGGAGUCCUGCAUUCAAUCGGAUAAAUCUGCCAGUGGGAACGAGGAUGAAGCGGAGGGCGAGGAGGACCAUGCUUCCACAGAGUCUCUGUCAGAGGAUGAGAUGGAGCUGUACAUGCCCAGUCUAAGGGCAGUGCAGAAGCUACGAAACAAGGACUUAGCCUUGAGUCUUGGGAAACGGCCCUCCAUAAGCAGAAGAGGCAGCAAACCGUCCAUGACGCCCAUCAGUGAGUCUAUGGAUGAGGAGCACCCGAGCAACCAGGAAGAUCAGCCAGACACAGAGACAGUGGAGCAUCAGCCUACAAAGGCCCCCAACUCCCCUGUGUGA